AUGGAUCACACUUUCUCUGAGGAUACCUCAGUUUAUGAGAACUUCACAGAUGACUGGACAUCAGAUGGAGGGGAAACGGUGCAUUUCAUCAUUCGAUGCGUUAUCCCGUCGGUCUACAUACUUAUCAUAACGGUUGGUUUACUGGGCAACAUUACUCUUGUGAAAAUAUUCAUCACUACCAGCGCGAUGCGAAGUGUACCAAACAUUUUCAUCUCCAGCCUGGCCGUGGGAGAUCUUUUGCUUUUGGUCACUUGUGUACCAGUGGACGCGUUCAGGUAUUUCUACGAGGAGUGGAUUUUUGGAACGGUGGCUUGUAAGAUGAUCCCGGUGAUCCAGCUCACUUCGGUCGGAGUCUCCGUGUUCACUCUCACGGCACUGAGCGCAGACAGACACAAAGCUAUUGUGAAUCCCAUGGACAUCCAGACCUCCAGCGCAGUGUUCUGGACCUGCUUGAAGGCCAUCACUAUAUGGGUUGUCUCAGUGCUGCUGGCUAUCCCUGAGGCGGUCUUCUCGCAGGUGGUUCAUAUGCCAGAUAAGAACAUGACGUUCACCGCUUGUGUGCCGUAUCCACUCUCCAACGAGAUGCAUCCCAAGAUUCACUCCAUUAUGAUAUUCCUCGUCUACUUCCUCAUCCCUCUGAGUAUUAUCUCUGUUUACUACUACCACAUCGCGAAGACGCUUAUCAAGAGUGCUCAUGAUAUGCCAGGUGAGAUUAGUGAGCACUCCAAAAGACAGACGGAAACGAGGAAGCGUCUAGCCAAGAUCGUUCUGGUGUUCGUGGGCCUCUUUGCGCUGUGCUGGUUCCCCAACCACGUUCUCUACAUGUACCGCUCAUUCAACUAUCGGCAGAUCGACUCUUCGCUGUCACACCUCAUCAUCACGCUUGUGGCGCGCGUGUUGAGUUUCUCCAGCUCCUGCGUGAACCCGUUUGCCUUGUACCUGCUGAGCGAGAGCUUCCGAAGGCACUUCAACAACCAGCUACUGUGCAGACAACGCAAAUACCAAGAGCGCAACACCAGCUACCUCCAGAGCACCUCUGCUAUCCGCAUGACCUCCAUCAGGAAGAGUACACCCGCUGUCGCUAACGGACAUGGCCUAAAAACAGGAGUCUGCAUUUAGCAUCUGUUCUCCA